AGAGUUUUCAAAUAUAACCUCACAAAACUGUCAAUAUUUAAAAACACCGUGGUUUUAUUUUGUAUUAUUAUUUAAUUAUUAAUAAAUAUGGAAUAUUCAAGCGAUUCGGAACUAAGUGAUAGCGAUAAGGAACUACAAGAGGCUUUUGCGGAAGGAAAACUGAAACCAGGACUCAAUACUGUACACGAAGCACCCAAAUCAUUCAUAAACAAUGUGCAAGGACUAAAACAUAAAUUGGACGAAAUAAAACUAAAUUUAACUUGGCUAGAAAGACUGGAUAGUGUAAACGAUCAGGCACCACUAGCACCUGAGUUAGCAGCCCAAAUGUUAGCCCACGAACAUAAACGUGAAAACCAGUUGAAGAAUAACAAGAAGUUGCCACAAUUUUCACCCACCGAAGAUCCAGUGUUGAAUGAUUUCAAACGAGAGAUGUGCUUUCAUCGUCAGGCACAGGCAACAAUUUUAGAAGCUAUUCCCAAGCUUACAAAAUUGGGAUUACCUACUAGAAGACCAGAGGAUUACUUUGCUGAAAUGGCUAAAACUGAUGAGCACAUGCAAAAAAUCAGGGAACACCUAAUGCACAAGCAACAACAACAACAAAGAAGUGAAAGAGUCAAACAACUAAGACAACAAAGGAAAGAAGGAAAAAUGCUACAGAUUCAGACAAAACUACAACGAAUGCAAGAGAAAAAAGAAAUGUUGGACCAAGUUAAAAAGUACAAAAAGGGUGUUUCAAAGGACUUGGACUUCUUAGAUUCCAAAAAGAACACCAAUAGCAAAGCAAUUUCUAGAAAAUCUUUAGAGAAACGGAGACAGAAAAAUAAGAAGUUCGGGUUUGGUGGUAAGAAAAAGGGCAUGAAGCUGAACACAAAAGACAGUGCUGCGGAUAUAAGUGAGUACAGGAAACCUUCAAAGGGUCCUAGCAAAGGGAAGAAGGGUAAAGGUCAAAUGAAGAACAGCAGACCAGGGAAAAAUAGGAGGAUAAAAAACAAAACUAAAAGGAAAUAAUAUUUUUUUGUUUAAGAAUUAUUUGAAACUUUAAUAAACGUAUUUUUAUU